AAAUAUAUUGAAAAUUUUGUUCUGCAAUGGUUGAUCGUGGCAAUAAUUUGGUGCUCCCAGUGGGUCCGUGUUCAACGGAACUUACGGAAUCUCAAGAGAGUUUUGCUCCACCCAAAAUUAAGAAAGUGCUGCCCACUCGAGCAAAUCGCAUGGAACAGUUUCUAUGGCAGGAACUCUUUGCCGAAUACAACCGACAGGCCUCCGCCCAAGUGGAUUUGGGCGAGGAUCGCACGGAGUACUACGACCAGUUCUGCAAGGAUGUGCCACCGAAGAACGAAGAGACCGAGGAAGUUCUGGUCAACAAGUACCCACUUUACUGCACCACAGCCGUAACAGUGUGGAAUCACGAGGGAGAUUUUACCAAGACUUUCAAAAGAAAAUAUUCUAUAACCAGACCUAUAGAUCUGUGUCCUGAUAAGUUUGCCCUCUAGAUGUGGGAGCACUAACAAUUUUAUGAGAGUAUAUUCAAAACUGUUUUAAAGAGAAUUGUGCCCAUAGCAUAUUAUUUAAUUUUGAUCUUUCAUUGUAAAUGUUAAAAAAAAAUUAAACUUGCAGUUUGAGAAAAUCUUCGCAGAAUCUU